AUGCAGCGGGCGCACAUCAGAAUGCCCCUUUCCCAGAAGCAGAUACCGCACCCCUCAGAGCUUGUCGAGUACAACUAUGCGGUCGCUGGACAUGAUGGCACGCUCUGCGACACCGAGGGCGAGCUCUUCAUCAAGCCAUGCACACAGGCCGAAAUCGAUUUCUAUCAGUUAUUGCCACAGAACCAUUCGCGCAUGCUGGAAAUCGUGCCCGAGUUCGUCGGCAGCCUGUCCCUGAACGCCGCCACCGACAUCAAUUCGAUCACCGAGCAGCUACCGGUCGUUGAUGGAGAUGUCAUCCCCGAGAUGAAGGAGCAGGUCCUCGAGCUGAUCUCGGAGAAGACGGCAGAGUUGAGAGAGAUGGUCGCUCCAGCGCCGGAGCCGACACCGGUACAAGACCCGGCCCAUGUGGAGAACGUGACCUGGAUACCGAAUGCAAGCAGGAAGAUCCCCACGGACAAGGCGGUUGUCCUAGACAAUGCUGCUUAUGGAUUCAGGCGGCCCAAUAUCGUGGACGUUAAGUUGGGCCAACGUUUAUGGGCAGAUGACGCGCCAUUGGAGAAGAAGCGGAGAUUCGAUAAAAUCAGCGAAGAGACAACGCACCGGGACCUUGGCUUCCGAAUUGCCGGCAUGCGUGUUUACAAGGGCUCGGACAAUCCUGAGGACCUCGACGAGGAGGAUUACCGCAUUUACGACAAGGAUUACGGCCGAAAGGACGUCACCUGCGACAACGUCGUGGACGCUUUCCGAGGAUUUCUCUACAACCGUAGAGCUGGGAUUGAUGACGAAUAUGCCAGAGCUGUUGCGGAAGCUUUCCUACGAGACCUGAAGCAUGUCCGUGACGUCCUGGAAAACGAAGAGACUCGCAUGUAUUCCUCCAGCCUUCUAUUCAUCUUCGAGGGCGACGGUCCUGCCCUCAAGGCAGAGAUCGAUGAGCAGAGCCGGAGCACUGUUACCUCUGUGAAGGCCAAGACAGAGGAAGACUGUCUGCCUGGUCGGACUACAAACCGUAUUGAUAGUGGCAUCGGCCUUGACGACGAGGGCGAGAUCGUCUUCCCCACUCAAGAACAGUACGAUGAGAUGUCCGAGAGCGACGAAGAUGCUGAUGAGCAACACAUUUGGAGACUGAAGCUCAUCGAUUUUGCACACGCUGCCUUCGUCCCAGGACAGGGUCCUGACGAGAACAUACUACUGGGCGUCAGGAGUUUGAUCACCAUUUUCGAGAAGCUGUCAAAGGAGCCAGAAAAGUCGGCGACCAGUCGAAGACAACGACGGUCAACAUGA